UGAACGACCUCCCCUUCGCUUUUCCUUUUUCUUUGCCUUCGCUAGCCACAUCAAUACGCCAUAAAAAUGGUGGAGAUCGUAGAAGCUUCCGCCGACGAGGCAUCUCCGCUGUUAACAAAUUCAAACCCGAACCCGACAAACAGGACUAGGUCCGUACGGACCAAAGUCCCAGAGGUGGAGGUCCACCUAUACCGACGUGGCAAGGGCCCCGUCGAUGUAUUCAAGUCAUGCCUAGGUGGGUGGGACCAGGACCAGCUCGAUGUUAGAGAAAUUCUCGACAAAUAUGGGUUCAAAUCAGUUUAUGCAUUCAAGCCUGAGUCGGGUCGGGGCGUUCCGAUCCGAUUUAACCCCCGUAAUGGCCGAUCCAUUCUCACUUAUCAUGAUGGAUCCAAAAUUUACGUCGAUGGAGAGCCUAAGGACGCGUUGAUCAAACCUAUUACCAGGAUAUUGGUCGGGGUUGCAGUGGUAACCAUACUUAUAGUAUUGCUGGUGAUAAGAGACCCUCCAGAGUGGGCAAAAAAGUUGAAUCUCUCUGAUGGUCGUAUUCCUCCAUGGCUUCUGGCUUGUGUUUUUGUUGUCUUCACACGCAUGAGGAAGAGAACUAGGGAUUUCUUGGAAAAUCGCCGAAAAUAAGCUGGUGGUUUACACUGCUGGAUGAAUGUUCUCAAAAUUUUGCAGGCUUUGUUUCUCUUGCUUCCUCUUGUUUAUUGGAUUCACAUAUAACAAAUGAUUCUUAAUAUUAACCCUUUGAAGGUAUAUCCCCAUUUUUCUCCAUCUGUUGUAUAAUUUUCUUUAUGGCUAUGAAUUUUCUGGUUGCAACUUGCAACUAGAAUUUCACACAAAGGCAUUCAUUUGCUAUUCUAUUUUACUAACUCAUUUA